AUGGGAAGAGUCGCUAGUAGCAAGGCCAGAAAACAGAGACACGAUCCGCUGUUGAAAGAUCUGGAUUCCGCCCAAGGAAACCUGAGAAAAGUGUCAAAAAAGAGAGAUGAGGACAAUGAGCGUAACGAAGAGAAUUCUGAGGAGUACGUCGAUGCAGCAGCUUCAAGAAAGAUUCUGCAACUGGCCAAGGAACAACAGCAAGAGCUGGAAGAAGAACAGGAAAAUUCCAAGAAAGAGCAAAGUGAUCCGUUCGCCAGGUUUCGCAUUGGAAGACAGCUGAAUCAGAACGAUCACGACGAGGACGAGGACGAGGACGAAGAGGGACUGGCAGAUAACAUUUCCGAUUUCGAACCCUACGAUGAAGAUGCCGAGUAUGCAGAGGGUGAAGAGGAGGAAGUGGUGGAAAUAGACGAGGAAGACGCCGCGAUGUUCGAGCAGUACUUCAAAAAGUCCAGCGACUACAAGUCGGAUUUCCAAAGUUACAACCUAGCAGACAAAAUCAUGGCCUCCAUUCGCGAAAAGGAAAUGGAGCUGGAAGUCGACAAUAACAAGAACGACGGACCUGAAUCCAGCGGUCCUAGUCCACAGGGCGAGGGUGUUGCGUUGCCCAUGAAAGUUGUAAAGGCAUACACGACCGUAGGAUCCAUUCUCAAAACAUGGACUCAUGGCAAACUGCCCAAGCUUUUCAAAGUCAUUCCAUCUCUGAAUAACUGGCAGGAUGUCUUGUAUGUGACAAAUCCUCCCGCAUGGUCUCCACAACUUGUAUAUGAGGCUACCAAGUUAUUUGUCUCGAAUCUUUCAGCAAAGGAAGCUCAAAAAUUCAUCAAUAUCGUGCUGUUGGAUCGUUUCCGUGAUAACAUCGAAACGACGGAGGAUCACUCUUUGAACUAUCACAUCUACAGAGCAUUGAAAAAGUCUCUCUACAAACCAAGCGCGUUUUUCAAAGGUUUUCUAUUCCCGCUUGUCGAAACUGGCUGUAAUAUCCGCGAGGCAACCAUCGCUGGUAGUGUGUUGGCUAAAAUUUCCGUACCCGCUUUGCACUCGUCAGCUGCUCUGAGCUACCUUCUCAGACUACCGUUUUCUCCCGCCACUACUGUUUUUAUAAAAAUUCUUUUGGAGAAGAAGUACGCACUUCCUUACCAAACUGUGGAUGACUGUGUCUACUACUUUAUGAGAUUCAGAAUCCUAGAAGACAUGAGCAAUGGUGAUGACGGCGAAAGGACCCUCCCAGUUGUUUGGCACAAAGCAUUCCUUGCGUUUGCUGAAAGAUACAAGAACGAUAUCACUCAAGACCAGCGGGACUUCUUGCUCGAGACAGUUCGCCAGAGGGGUCAUAAAGAUAUUGGCCCCGAGAUCAGGCGUGAACUGCUGGCUGGACAAAGCAGGGAGUUCGAAAACAACCUGGAAAAUAAGGAUGACUUGAUGCUGGAUGUACAGUAG